CGCCCCUUGGCAGCGAGAAGCUCUGGUUCUCCAGGCGCGCCCCCAGGCUCCCUAGUGAAUUUAGCCCGGAACCUGGUCCUAAUUUUUUUUCUUUCUUUCUCUUUUUUUUCCCUUUCCUUUCCUCUAGGUCACGUGAAGCGGCAGCAGGAGGCUGGUACUUCCUUGGAACACGUGACCCGGCAGUGCAGUGGCUCUCGGUCCCCUCCUCCUGAGGCUGCUGGCGCUGCUCCUCCCGCCGCCGCCAAGCUCUCUUUCUUUCUCUAUCCCCCACCCCCAGAGGAGCGCGCCUGGUCUCGCCGCGGGGAGUCGGGGCUAGAGCGGCGCGCGCGCGGGUGACUGUUCUCCAGAACCUCUUGACUGCUUUUCAGGCCUAGGAGAAAGAGUUAGAAACAUCAACUGCGACCAGAACUUGUUAGGAAACCGUGGCCUUAAUCUCAGAGAUGCUGGCUUAUCUAUAGGAGUUGCUUGGAACGGGAGUCAUGGUGGAUGUAGGAAAGUGGCCAAUAUUUACCCUGCUUUCACCUCAGGAGAUUGCUUCUAUUCGGAAAGCAUGUGUUUUUGGCACAUCAGCUAAUGAAGCUAUCUAUGUUACCCAUAAUGAUGAGGUGUUUGUAUUUGGACUGAACUGUAGUAACUGUCUGGGGACAGGGGAUAAUCAGAGCACUAUUGUACCCAAAAAGUUGGAGGCAUUGUGUGGAAAGAAGAUUAAGAGCCUUAGUUAUGGAAGUGGGCCACAUGUUCUUCUCAGCACUGAAGAUGGAAUGGUUUAUGCCUGGGGUCACAAUGGAUAUAGCCAGCUUGGCAAUGGAACAACCAACCAAGGCAUUGCUCCAAUUCAAGUUUGUACCAAUCUCUUGAUUAAGCAAGUGAUAGAAGUUGCUUGUGGUUCACAUCAUUCUAUGGCCCUGGCAGCUGACGGAGAGGUUUAUGCUUGGGGUUAUAAUAACUGUGGUCAAGUGGGAUCUGGAUCUACAGCAAAUCAACCAACUCCUAGGAAAGUUACAAACUGUUUACACAUUAAGAGGGUCGUCAGCAUAGCAUGUGGCCAGACUUCUUCUAUGGCUGUAUUGGACAAUGGCGAGGUGUAUGGCUGGGGUUAUAAUGGCAAUGGUCAGCUAGGCUUGGGAAAUAAUGGCAAUCAACUGACCCCUUGUCGAGUAGCAGCUUUACACAGUGUGUGUGUUCUUCAGAUUGUCUGCGGCUAUGCACACACACUAGCACUAACAGAUGAGGGCUUGCUGUAUGCCUGGGGAGCUAACACUUAUGGGCAGCUAGGAACUGGCAAUAAAAGUAACCUGCUAAGCCCAGCACAGAUCAUGGUGGAAAAAGAAAGGGUUGUAGAGAUCGCAGCCUGUCAUUCUGCACAUACCUCUGCUGCCAAGACCCAGGGUGGCCAUGUGUAUAUGUGGGGCCAGUGUCGAGGCCAGUCAGUGAUUCUUCCUCACCUCACUCACUUUUCCUGCACAGACGAUGUGUUUGCCUGCUUUGCCACUCCUGCUGUAACAUGGCGCCUUCUGUCUGUAGAGCAUGAAGACUUUCUAACAGUUGCAGAGUCAUUGAAGAAAGAGUUUGAUAGUCCAGACACUGCAGAUUUGAAGUUUCGAGUGGAUGGAAAAUACAUUCAUGUCCAUAAAGCUGUUUUAAAAAUCCGGUGCGAACAUUUCCGAACUAUGUUCCAGUCUUAUUGGAAUGAAGACAUGAAAGAGGUGAUAGAAAUAGACCAGUUUUCUUACCCAGUGUAUUGUGCCUUUCUCCAGUACCUUUACACAGACACAGUUGAUUUGCCACCUGAAGAUGCUAUAGGUCUUUUGGAUUUGGCUACAUCUUACUGUGAAAAUAGAUUGAAAAAACUUUGUCAGCACAUCAUCAAGCGAGGGAUUACGGUGGAGAAUGCCUUUUCAUUGCUCUCUGCUGCAGUCAGAUACGAUGCAGAGGAUUUAGAAGAAUUCUGCUUUAAGUUUUGCGUCAAUCAUUUGACAGAAGUUACACAGACUGCAGCAUUUUGGCAAAUGGAUGGCCGUCUACUAAAGGAAUUCAUUGCUAAGGCCAGUAAAUGUGGAGCCUUUAAGAACUGAAGCAUAUGGCUGUGAGUUUGGGAGUGUGUGUGUGUGUGUGUGGUGUGUGGUGUGUUUGUGUGUAUGUGUGUAUUCUCUAGGGCAUUAUUGCUGAUAUGCCCAGUGUGCCCUACAGGCUGGUGUAAUUCUACAGGUAAAAAAUACAAACAAAACACAAACUGUAUUUUACUCCAGAGAGAAUUCUCUGCAUAGAAACCCAUGAAGAGUGUACUGUUUUCUCCUUACCCUUCUGACCAACUGCUGUUGCCAGACUUGCACGUUUUUAAAGGGUGACUUUUUCUCAUAUUUUGAUUGGAACAUUGGGAAGGGAUGAAAGUUAGCUGUUGCUUCAGUUCCAAAAGAGAACCAUUGCCUGAAGAGUUGGAAGUCUAGAACUAGGAAGCUACUUGUUUGGUUUACAGAUCAUUUACUCUUUGGUGCCAGCAUUGUUAGACUUUUUAAUUAAUAUGGGACCUCUGGAUUUACUUAUCUCCUGUGGGCUAACAGGUAACAUAUCUUUGAUUGAGGUGAGUUGUGAGUCCGGUGGGAUUACUAUGAAGGAACAAUUUGAAUUGCUCAAGCUUUUGUGUCCAUUCUGUCAUACAUUUGUUUUCCCUGUUUAGUAUAUUAAAAAGUUUUGUUUUUACAAGUGCUUAAAGGAAACUAUGCAGUCAGUACUCUACAAGACAUAUAAAAUGUAAGUUUAUAAAGGUAUAUGACAAGGAUUUUACAAGCUCUUAAGACUUAAACAUAUACAGAGCAUGGUAACUUUUAAAAUGAUGAUGGAUAAGACUUUUUUGAAGGCAGGAGGUGUUAAUUAGCCACUUUAUUAAAUCCUAUAUAAAUGAGGGCUACUGCCUUCUCCUUCCUUCCAUUUUUGGAUGACAUUUUUGUCUUAUUGAAGUGGUGCAUAUUUACACUUAAUUGUUUUUCAUUUCUAAUAUAAAUGUGUAGACUUGUAAAGGAAAAUUAUGAUGUCCUACCUACUUUCAGAAAUCCUCUUGCUUUCCCAGCUAUCAGGUAUAAUGAUUAAUUUUCCUCAUCAAUUCAAAAAACAUUGUAGUUAGGUGUGUGGCCUCUGGCAAGGGGUCCGAGUUAAAGGAACAUUAGUAUUCCUAGGAACAUGAGCAUUCUGAAUUUUAUCAGAUGAGAAAAAGCGGUUCUUGAGAACCAGUUGUCUUGGAAGGCUUAAUGUAAUUUUUCCUAGAUCUAUUUUAUCUGGUCCAAAUACUCUUGCCAUUUGCCAGAUUCUGAACUUAAACACAUUCUGUGGAUUCCCCCCUCAUUAUUGCCCUAUGUGAAGGAUUAAUUUUUUUUAUGUAGCAUUUUAUUAAGUAGGUGCUUUGUGAUUUCUGUUCUAAUUAUAAAAAUUUUGACAUUUAGAUAGUGUUAGGACAGAUAAGGAAGCUGCUAAAUGGAUAUAUACAUAUAUAACCAUUGUUCAUUGCCUUUAAAAAGGGAACUUUUUUUUUAACUUUUAUUCUUCUACAGGAAUUUGUUUCAAAAGUUGUACUGAGCUUCUUUGCUCUGUUGUUAAGUUGGAGGACUUUAGAAGAGGGGGAGGAGGAGAAAGGGUUGAAGCAAACUCCUUAGUAAAGCCCCAGAAUUUUUGAGGUAGACAGAAAUUAUUCAUCAUUUAAACAGUAGAUUCACCAUGAGGCUGUAGCUGCUAUUUCUAGCAAUUGUUGGUUAAUUUUAAAAGUGAGGCCAAAAAAUUAGUAUUCACUGGCAUGUUAAAGAAACGUAUGCAUAGAAACUCAGACCUCCCUUUCUUGACCAUACAUUUGGGCUUUUGUUGAAGUGAUGAGCCCAUUGAUUUCUAGAUAAAAAUCAAUUGGCUGUAAUGGGUUCUUACUAGAUUGGGAAGUACACACUAGUUUCGUGAUUGCCAAUACUAUGGUAGGCAGAAUAUGUAAUAGAUGCCACUACUCAGUGGAUUUAUAAUCUGGGGGAAAAAAUUUGAGUAUCUACUUGGUACAGACAGUAGUUCUUGAAAUAAAAUUGUUUAUCAUCUUCAAAUAAGAACAAAUGUUUUUGUACUGAAUCAGAAUAAUGAAAAUUGUCAUUGUACUAAAUCAAAAUAAUGAGAAUUUCUAUUUUUGUUAUUCUGAUUUCAUACAUAUAAAUAGAUGAAAAUGAAAUAAAAAGUCAGAUUCUUUGAGUACCUCAUUAAAUCAACUGAUGGAGGGGUGGGGGAGAGUGGAAAAGUUAGAGCUGGUGAAUCCUUGGAGAGUCCUCCAGAUAUCUUUUUCCUCUCUUAAAUCUUACACAGUCAUGGUGUUCCUCCUACUGAACUUUGUUAUUGAUCCCAGUAGGAAAUAACCCUUUAAAUAAAGGAAUUGAUUUUUUUUUAACUGACAUGAAAAUAGAAACCUAAGUGUUCACAUUUCUUAAAGCAGCCCUAAGUGUACUCUUGAACUUCUUAGUGAAGUGAUAUUUGAUACAGUAAGUAGCAUGUAGGUGGUAUUGUAUUUAUGUAAUGUUUAGAAUGCCACAUUAAUAAAGCAAUCUGUUAAAA